CAUCCUUCACUCUCUUCCUCUCUCUUUCUCUUUCUCUUAUAGCUUUUUGAAUACUAAUACAACGCAAUGGCAAUAAUGGGCAAAGAAACUUGGUGGGUCCUUUUCCUUCUAUCAACACUACUACUCUUUGUGGAUGAGAUCCAUGGAAGCAGAAAGCAAGAACAAGCUCUCAGGAAUCUGAACAAGGCCAAGUUCAAGGUAGGAGGUUCCAUUGACAGAAGUAGAAACACAAUCUUGGAAGUAGAUGAGGCUGUGUUUGGAGACUCUGAUGAUAAUAAGUCUCGUUACUAUUAUCACCAAGAAGGAUUGAAAGAGAAAGAUAGGAUUCAGAAACUUCCAGGGCAGCCUGAAGAUGUGAGUAUCUCUCAGUAUGGAGGGUAUGUCACUGUGGAUAAGAUUGCAGGAAGAGCUUUUUAUUAUUAUUUUGUUGAAGCUCAACCAUCUCAUAGGCACAAACUGCCACUUCUUCUCUGGCUCAAUGGAGGUCCUGGAUGCUCAUCUCUAGGGUACGGAGCAAUGCAAGAGUUAGGACCAUUCCGAGUAAACAGUGAUGGCAAAACACUUCAAACAAACAAAUAUUCAUGGAACUAUGCUGCAAAUGUAUUAUUCUUAGAAUCACCAGCUGGAGUGGGAUUUUCAUAUUCAAAUAAGACAUCAGAUUACGACAGUAAUGGGGACAGAAGGACUGCUACAGACAACUACGUGUUUUUAAGGAACUGGUUGGAGAGGUUUGGAGAGUACAAGAAUUCUGAUUUCUACAUUGCUGGGGAGAGCUAUGCCGGCCAUUAUGUUCCUCAGCUUGCUCACACCAUUCUCCACCACAACAACCACCCUCACUCCUCCUUCCUCAUCAACCUCAGAGGCAUCCUGAUAGGGAAUGCAGUGAUAAAUGAUGAUACAGACAAUAGAGGAAGAUGGGAUUUCCUAGCAAGCCAUGCCAUAAUAUCCGACAUAGCAGCGCAUGCUGUUAGCAAAUUAUGUGAUUUCUCAGAGGUUGCAUCAUCAUCAUCAUCAACUGAUGAUGAUGAUAAAAACAAUGAAUGUAAAGCAGCGUCAAACGAAAUAGAGCAAGACACUGAUUCCAUCAAUAUAUACAACAUCUAUGCUCCUCAAUGCCAGGACUCUAAUCUCACUUCCCUACCUAAGCCUCCUUCUAAAGUGGCAGACCCGUGUAUUGAUUAUUAUGUGGAUGCAUAUAUGAACCGGGUUGAGGUGCAAGAGGCAUUACAUGCCAAUGUCACAAAGUUGACUCAUGACUGGGGACUUUGUAGCGAUGUCAUCACCAAGUGGAAUGAUAGCCCUUCCACUGUGCUUCCUCUUUUAAGAGAAUUUCUCAACCACAGCCUUCGCGUUUGGAUCUUCAGUGGUGAUUUUGAUGGAAUGGUGCCAGUUACUUCAACAAAGUAUUCCAUUGAGAAGUUAAAUCUCACUCUUAAGACUAUGUGGCGCCCUUGGUUCGUCAAUGGAGAGGUAGGAGGGUACACAGAGACUUAUAAGGGAGGCUUGACAUUUGCAACGGUGAGAGGAGCAGGGCAUGAAGUGCCAAGCUACCAGCCAGGAAGAGCCCUUUCUUUGGUCAAUCACUUCAUAAAAGGCAUCACUCUUCCUAAUUCCACUACCUCCCCACAUACCUGAUUUCCCAUAACUUGUUCUAAACAAGAUGAUUUCAAUUAUCAUGAGAAUAAGAGUGCAUUGUGUUGUUAAGCCUCCUUCAUUACUUUAAGAUUAUUGUCAAUUCACAAUGUUGGGAGUCUAAACGCCAUGCCUUCUCUUUGGUUAUGUUAAAGAAAAGCUUCGCAUUUUCAA